AUGGAGGAGGAGGUCUUUGCUCUACGGCACUCAACAUUCAGCUGCAUCGGGGAGUUCAUCUCAUCGUCUAAGCCGGUAAUCAGUGGGAGCCGGUCGACAAUGAGAAACGCGCGGUCCGUUGAGCGCCCGACCAGCCCAAGCGGACGCCACGCAUGGCGGCAUGGGCAGCAGUGCUCCCUGGGCUCUGGAGUACCUAUCAAUAAGGUAGUGGUAGCUGAGGAAGCCACCGACUUCACACACUGGAGUCUUGCGCUCAGAGCAGGGCAGACUCUCUCCGUCGUUCCCUGCGGCACCAUUCGGCUGCGCUACCAUCCGCUGGGCGAUAACAGGAAAGGCGACGGGAACCCCAAUUCCUUCCACGUCUGUGCCCACGCCCGCCCGCCCGCUCCCUCACUCCCUCUCUCUUGCCCUCCAGUGCCUCCACUUGCGCCAGCCUAUUUUGGUAGGCGGAACAGCGGGCAGGGGUACCUCAUGGCUUAUGGGAGUGGACUGGCUGACUGGUUCUCAGCCUGA